AUGUGGGCUCUCCAGGUCUACGUCAGUACCCUAAAUAAAACUCUGGACAUCACGGCUCAGCCAAAAAUUCAGCCAAGAAAUGUAAAUCCACAGAGAGAAAACAAGUUGAAAAUUACAGAAACAAAUCUCGCUACAGUGAUGGAAUUUGUUCUCUUGGGCUUUUCUGAUAUUCCCAAAUUUCGCAGGUUUCUUUUUGGGGUAUUCUUAGUCAUGUACAUGAUCAUCCUAUUUGGAAAUGGCAUCAUAAUUCUAAUAACAAGAAUAGAGCCUACUCUUCAACCCCCCAUGUAUUUUUUUAUCAGCAAUUUUUCUUUCCUAGAAAUCUGUUAUGUUUCUGUCACUCUUCCUAGAAUGCUCAUGGAUCUUUGGACCCAGGAAGGAAAUAUUUCUUUAGUUGCCUGUGCAACACAAAGGUGCUUUGCUGUUAUUCUGGGAGUCACAGAGUCCCUCCUCUUGGCGGUGAUGACCUAUGAUCACUACGUGGCCAUUUGUAACCCUCUGCACUAUUCUCUAGUGAUGAACCACAAAGCCUGUAUCCAGCUGGUGGUUGGUUCAUGGAUCAGUGGAAUUCCAGCGCAGAUAGGCCAAACAUGUCAGAUUUUCUCUCUGCCCUUUUGUGACUCUAACCAAAUCAACCACUUCUUCUGUGACAUUCCCCCAAUGUUCAAGCUGGCCUGUGGAGACAUCUUUAUGAAUGAGAUGGUGGUGUACAUAUUUGCUGUAUUGCUUAUCACUGUUCCCUUUAUGUUGAUACUGGGGUCCUAUACUAGAAUUAUCUCAACCAUCCUGAAAUUGCCAUCAAACAGUGGACGGAGCAAAGCCUUUUCCACUUGUUCUUCCCACCUCAUAGUUGUAGUUUUAUUUUAUGGAUCAGCCACUAUUACCUAUUUAAAACCCAAAUCUGUUCAGUAUGAGGGAACAGACAAACUGCUAUCUAUUUUUUACACCAUUUUGAUCCCAAUGUUUAAUCCCAUGAUAUACAGUCUGCGGAACAAAGAUAUCACACAGGCUCUGAAAAAAUUACUUCCCAAAUCGGUGCUUUCUCUGGACAGUGAUGACUUGCAACAUCUAUGUGGUCAUUUAUUCAUAACCCUCUGCACUACUCCAGUUUUGAACCGCUCUUCUCCAGUUGUGUAUCCAGCUGGUGGCUGGCUCCUGGAUCAGUGGAGUUCCAGUUGUGCUCGGGCAGUUGUGCCAGAUUUUCUUCAUGCCUUCUCUGGAUCUAACCAAAUCAAUCUUUUCUUCUGUGACAUCUCUUCAAUAUUCAAGCUGACCUAUGGAGAUAAUGCCU